AUGAUCUUCAGAGAUAAACACAAUAUCUUUGAUGAAAAUCUUGAGCUUUUCAAAUCGCUGUCAUCUCAGAAAGAUUUCCAAAGUAAAGAGCAGCUGGAAGACAAUAAUGAUGAUUCUACAAAGGUUGUAGAAAAAAGAACUCUGGAAAAGUACUUUGAAGAUGAGUGGAUGCCGUGCAAGGAAAAGUGGGCUGGCUACCUCACUAGUCAAUUAAAACAUUUUGACUAUUUCGAGGGCGACUAUCAGGACCUUGAGUUGAAUGAGACAACUAUCACAGAUGCCAGAAUAUACCAUGAACCUCGCCUCUGUGGAUUGAUUCACUACGUCUCUAGAAUUGGUUUGAUCACCAUCUGUGCUGAGCUUCUAGAAGAGGUUAUACCUGGUGAGCUUUGCAAUUGCAGAGUAAAAGUGGUGUUUGGUCUUUCUUGUCGCCAUGAUCUGCCAAGAGAUUGUAUGCUGCUAUUAUCAGACAUUCCUGAAAGAUGGAUUCUGUCUUCUUCUUUGGGUGAACGUUUGAAGCAACUGGAAUGGAAUCAACAAGUCCAGAAUCUUAUGGCAAUGGUUGAUGAACUUGUUGACAAUGCCAGUGAAAUAAUUGACCAUUCAAAUGUUGUAUUUCCUUUGGCAAGUGAGGUCAAAGCUCCUGGAAGACCUAAGCACGUCAAAAGGAAAACUGCUCUCCCAAACGACUUUGUCCGUCACAAGCACAGACAUCUCCUUGUGCAAAAGAACAAAAAUGAUAUCAGAAUCAUAAAAGAAAUAAAAAAAGAAACCCAAUUUGCUGAAAAACAAGAGCCUCUCAAAGAAGCUAAAACAACCAAUUUCGCUAAAAAGCAAGAGCCUCUCGAAGAAGCUGAAAAAUAUUCCUCUGGAAUUAAAAGACCUAAACAUCUCCAAGACGACUACUGGCACAAUUUGCCUAGUCCAAAAAAACAAAACAAAAAUGUGCAUGACUUUGCUCUGCCUGCUCAAAUCGAUCAAGCCACUAUUUCGUUGACGUUUAACCCCAAGUCUGAUGGUUGGUGCGGUUUCCGUGUAUUUGCACACCUGAAAGAGGGUGGAGAGGAUCAGUUUCCUUUGGUGAAGAAGAAGAUAUUGGCCACGAUGGCAACCCAUGGUAAACUUUACGAGCACAACUUUGGCAUGGAUGUUGCCAAAGUGACAGAGGUCAUUGCCUUUGGCUCCGAGAUUGACCCUGCUCUUGGGGAAAAUAUCCCAUCUUGCCCUUCCUCUGUGUGGUUCUCUGCACCAGACUGUGCUCAGAUAAUAGCUGACAUCUAUAAUGAGCCUGUUUGUGUGUACUCAGACGAUCAGAGCGUCUUGCCUGUAACUUUCCUUCCCCUCCAUGAUUGGAAGCCUCUCAAAAGAAAGUCAUUGCCGAUGGUCUUGCACCAUGUACAUGGGUGCCACUAG